AUGUCUGAUGUCCUGAUUAAUAAUUCUAUCACUGUCCAGCAGUCAAGACUCGAGAAAGCAUUCGAAUUGCGUAAAUUGUCAGAUGUCAAAUAUGAAGGUGUCAAACCAUUAGCCAAACCUUCGUUGAAUUCCCGUGGUGUUUAUGGAGGAAACUUAUGUGGCCAGGCAUUGCUCGUUGCAAUGGAAACGUGUGAAGCUGGGUUUACACCACAUUCGCUCCAUUCAUACUUCAUUAAAGCCGGAGAUGAUACCAUGCCAUGUCAAUAUGAGGUAGAAAAGUUAAAUGACGGUAAGAACUUCGCCAACAGACUUAUCAGAGUAUCCCAGAAAGGUCAGAUGAAAUAUAUUGUGAUGAUUUCACUCACCAAGAAGAAUUCGCGAGCCAACACCGCCAAAGAGUAUGCCAAGGACCCUAAGAAGCAAUCACCAUUUGAAUUUCAGGCCCCAGUAGCCUCGAAUUUCUACAAAUACAAGCAUGAAGAUUUACCAGUCACCUACAACGAUCAUACAAAAACAUUACAGCACAAAAUUCCUCCAGAUUUUGUGGAUCACAAGUUAAACCCUGAUGAAUCGAAAAAAUCAGCCGCUGAGAGGGACUUAUCGUUUUGGCUUAGAAUCGAUGAUGCUUCCAAAGACCCAAAAUACAAGUACGCGGGCUUUGGUAUAGUAUCAGACUCUCUCUAUUUGACUUCCUUGUCAAGAGUAUUGCAUUUGCCUAUUCUGGGUAAUGGAAUCGGUAGCAGUGGUGGUAAAGGUGAUCAUUUUUUCUCGGUUUCCUUGGACCACUCAAUCUACUUCCACGACGACUCCUUCGACCCUUCCAAAUGGGUUUUUUUCAAUUUUUCUACUCCAAGAUUUAGUAAUAACAGGGUUUUAUUACAGGGGGGCUAUUACGACGAAAAUGGUAAAUUAUUUGCCAGUAUUGUCCAAGAGGGCUUGGUGUUUUUCCAUAGUGGCUCUGAACAUAAAGCUAAAUUAUAG